UACGGCAGUGUGGCUGGAGCGGCUGCGAGGGGGCCGCGUUUUCAGCGUUGAGAGGAGUGAACCCGCGUAGCCAGCGUUGGCUGGGCCGGGAACCAUGGACGUGGGAGAACUUCUGAGCUACCAGCCCAACAGGGGCACAAAACGUCCCCGGGAUGAUGAAGAGGAGGAGCUGAAAAUGCGUCGGAGACAAGGUGGUACUCGUGAACGCGGCCGAUAUCGGGAAGAGGAAACGACUGUAGUAGAAGAAGCAGAUGAUGACAAAAAAAGGCUACUUCAGAUAAUUGAUAGAGAGGGAGAGGAGGAGGAGGAAGAGGAGGAACCACUGGAUGAAAGCUCAGUGAAGAAAAUGAUCCUCACAUUUGAAAAGAGAUCGUACAAAAACCAAGAGUUGCGGAUUAAGUUUCCAGACAAUCCAGAGAAGUUCAUGGAAUCCGAGCUGGACCUAAAUGACAUCAUUCAGGAGAUGCACGUGGUGGCCACCAUGCCAGACCUGUACCACCUUCUGGUGGAGCUGAAUGCUGUGCAGUCUCUUCUCGGGUUGCUUGGACACGAUAAUACAGAUGUGUCCAUAGCAGUGGUUGAUUUGCUUCAGGAAUUAACAGAUAUAGACACCCUCCAUGAGAGUGAAGAGGGAGCAGAAGUGCUCAUCGAUGCUUUGGUGGACGGGCAAGUGGUGGCACUGCUGGUGCAGAAUUUGGAGCGCCUGGAUGAAUCUGUGAAAGAAGAGGCAAAUGGUGUCCACAACACUCUCGCUAUUGUGGAAAACAUGGCUGAAUUCCGGCCUGAGAUGUGUACAGAGGCGGCCCAGCAGGGGCUUCUGCAGUGGCUGCUGAAGAGGCUGAAGGCAAAGAUGCCUUUUGAUGCCAACAAACUGUAUUGCAGUGAAGUGCUGGCCAUAUUGCUCCAGGACAACGAUGAAAACAGGGAAUUGCUUGGGGAGCUGGAUGGAAUCGAUGUGCUUCUUCAGCAGUUAUCCGUGUUUAAAAGACACAAUCCCAGCACGGCUGAGGAGCAGGAGAUGAUGGAGAACCUGUUUGAUUCACUCUGUUCCUGCCUGAUGCUCAGUUCCAAUCGUGAGCGCUUCCUGAAGGGUGAGGGGCUUCAGCUGAUGAAUCUCAUGCUCAGAGAAAAGAAGAUCUCCAGGAGCAGUGCCCUGAAAGUGCUGGACCAUGCCAUGAUUGGACCUGAGGGCACGGACAAUUGCCAUAAAUUUGUUGACAUUCUUGGCUUACGAACCAUCUUUCCUCUCUUUAUGAAAUCUCCCAGGAAGAUCAAGAAAGUGGGGACCACUGAGAAGGAACAUGAAGAGCAUGUCUGUUCGAUCCUGGCUUCCCUCCUUCGGAACCUGAGAGGGCAACAGCGGACUCGGCUUCUGAAUAAAUUUACUGAAAAUGACAGUGAGAAGGUUGACAGACUGAUGGAGUUGCAUUUUAAAUAUCUGGAUGCAAUGCAGGUGGCUGACAAGAAGAUUGAAGGGGAAAAACAUACCAACUCCCAGCCAGAUGAUUAUAAGGUAAGUUGUACUGAUAGCCAUUUUGGAGUUUCAGAUACCCUUAGAAGUUCUUUCAGGUGUCAGGUUCUGCUUCCUCAAACACAGGUAUCCAAGGAAACAUAUUAAGUCCUUAACUCAAGAUCAGUUUUUUAUUUGGUAUCUUGUAAACUCAGAAAAGGAAUUAGAAAUUCAUUAAUUCAUUAUAAGUUGACCCCAUCCAUACAUAGUAAAACAGGGCUGGGAAGCUGAGGAGUGGAGAAUGAAGGUGAUACAUGCCAUCCUACUUCUUUUUAAAAUGGACUAAAACUUGAGAAAAUGUACCUAAAAUAACUGUGCUCAUACUUUCUUCCUUAUUUUCCUUCAGAAUGGUACAUAAGCAUCCUGCUUCUUUUAUUUGCCUUUAAACACUGAGUACACGUUUCUGCUCGGCUUUCCUGAAGCCAUUCAGUGGACUAUUCCAUGCCCCCGAGUUGUACCAAGCUAGAUAAAGUGCUAUCCUGACAGCAGUCAGCAUCUCUGCAUGCUGGUUUCUGUGACGCUUCUGAAACUGUCAGGGCAGAAACUUCGUCUUCAGAAGCCAAUGUCUAUUUCAUCUUUGUGCAUGUUUAACGCAGCGAUGGUGAUGCCUUUCUUGGAGAUGAGCUAUAGUCAUAUCUCAGAUCUACAUUUGAAAAUUUCACUUUCAAAUCAUGUAGCCGUAUGUUUAAAAGUAGAAUGUUGAAUUGAAUGUUGUCAGAGUCUUGAAGUUCUGGGGAAAGAGGAAAAAAAUGGGGUUUGGCAUUGCUCUCUUGGAUCCAUCCUUUCUAGAUGACAUUAUUUAGAGAAACUGGAGAGUACAGUGUGUAACUGCCUGAUUAAAAGAAGAUCAGAUUGUGGGGAAGAGUGUGAAAGAA